CCGUCCUUACUCGGUGGGGUCCUCUGCAGUCUGCCAAACUUCUUAAUCCAAUACGUUCCUAGGCCAUUGAUAUCUCAGCCAAUCUGCAUAAAAAAGUCACCAAGGGCGAGUGUGCACUCACCCCCUAACCCACCCCCCAGUCUAACCGAUAAAAAGCAUACGCCAUCAAAGCGCUUCGGGAACUGCACCAGAACAAAGAGAUCGAAUGUCGUGUCGCCGGUAAGCCCGUCGAACCUCUACACAGCCUCACUGGACUAGAACCAGGUUAAUACCCGAACCAGGAAAACAAACCGUCUAUCACGCUCUCCAAGAAGCACCUGACGAAACCACGGCCUCGACGGCGGCGGCCAUGGACAAAGAAAUCCAACGCCUCCAAGAAGAGCUGCGGUCCCUGAAAGAAAGAGAAAAGAAAGCACAGGCGGAGUUGGCGCUCCUGUGCGCUACCCCUCUACUCUCUGAGCUGCGGAGCGAGGUACUCAGCCUGGAAGAAGAAACCGGGACACUUUCUGCAUCCGUGGCCCAGGCGCAGGGGGAGGAUUCGGUGCAGGUGUCCGCGCAAGAAAAGGCCGAGGUGAUUAGGGACUGGAAGUUCUGGCAGAGACAGGCGAGCGUCCGUGGUGAGAUCUGUCGGGAUCUGUGGCGGAAGUGUUCGGAGACGCUGCCGGAGGAUAUGACUCGGGAGGAGCUUUGGGUCUGGAGGGGCCUUUUCUGAAUUGAUGUUGCA